AUGUUCAAAUCCACCAUCAUCCGCCAGGUCUCGCGAGCCUCCACCACCGCUCCUCGCGUCUCCUCUACCGCCUUCAUCACCCGUCAGACCGUCCGCGGUCUCCGGACCACGCCCGCCCGCUUCGACAAGAGCAGCGAGGAGGAUGACAACGACCGACACGACGCCUUGACCACGGCAGGCAAGCCGGGCGCAUUCGAACACGAAGGGCAAUUCUCACGGACGGAUAAGACCAUCCGCAUUGAGCACCCCGAAGAGUCUCAAAUGCCCAGCUCGCUGCCUGUCCAAGGUCGUGGCGGUUCACAUUAUCGGAGAACGUUGGCGACCUUCAGCUUGGAGGGCCGGGUGGGCGUUGUCACCGGAGGAGCUCGUGGUUUGGGUCUGGUCAUGGCUCAGGCUCUCGUGGUCAGCGGUGCCGACGUGGCCAUCGUUGAUUUGAACAAGGAGGAAGCCACCAAGUCCGCCGAGCUGCUCGUCGAGACCUUCCGCAAGGAGAACCCCGACGCUGAGCACGUCCCCACCGUCACCGCACACUACGCCGACGUCUCCUCGCCAGACUCGGUCAACGAGUCCAUCAGCGAGAUCAUCGGCAAGCACGGCAAGAUUGACCACCUGGUCACCUCGGCCGGGUUCACCGACAACAUCGACGCCAUCGACUACCCGUACGAGCGCCUGAAGAAGCUCUGGGGCGUCAACGUCGACGGCACUUACCUCUUCUCCACCGCCGUCGCCCGUCACCUCAUGGACCGUGGCGUCCCCGGCAGCAUCGUCAUGAUCGGCAGCAUGUCCGGCAGCAUCGUCAAUGUGCCGCAGCCCCAAGCGCCAUACAACGCCUCCAAGGCCGCCGUGCGUCACCUCGCCAGCUCCUUCGCCGUCGAAUGGGCCCACGCCGGGAUCCGUGUCAACUGCAUCUCUCCCGGUUACAUGUUGACCGCGCUCACCAAGAAAAUCCUCGACGAGAACCCCGUCCUCGCGGAGAAGUGGACCAGCCUCAUCCCUCAGGGUAAGAUGGGUCGACCUGAGGAUCUGAUGGGUGCCGUCACUUUCCUCCUCAGUGACGCUUCCGGCUACGUCACCGGUGCGGAUCUCCGUGUCGACGGCGGUUACACCUUGACUUGA